GCCUGUGAUCCCGGGACGCUUCCUGCCAUCCCCUUGAGCGAACUUGAAAGGGCCGGGGAGGUGUUGAGAGCAGAGUACGAGCAGAGUUUGGGGUUGGUGCACGCCGCGGUGCGGGACAGGCGGCGCGCCUGCAGCACUCGGCCCCGGGGACCCUGACGUCGCCCGGCUGGGCUGGGGGAAAGGGGGUGGCGGCAAAACGUGCGUUGUACCUGUGGGGUCGCUUACCCUCCAUGAUCCUGGGGUCCCUCCAAGCCUCCAGGAAGGGCUGUGGAAGUACCCUGGGGGCUGUGGCCCCUGAGACUAACUUGAGGGUUGGCUGCUGGAGGAACCCGGUUGGCCCAAAGAGGCAUUCUCGCCGGCGCCUGGGAUUCCCGCGAAGGCAGGACGUGGGGGACACCCGCGCCGGGAGCCGGAUCUCGGAACUCUCCGCCUCCAGCUGCGGAGAGGGUCUACCCUUUGGGCGCCCGUGAGGCCAGCGCGAUCUUGGGUGCAAAAGGAAAGUUUCUGCUGCUCGUUCCGGCACGCGCGUUUCUGAGACUCGGGAAAAGACACUCAGAGAAACGCUGGAUCAAGAAUGUCUCAGUUUAAAAUGGUGAAUUACUCCUAUGAUGAAGAUCUUGAAGAGCUCUGUCCAGUGUGUGGGGAUAAAGUGUCUGGAUACCAUUACGGGCUCCUCACCUGUGAAAGCUGCAAGGGAUUUUUUAAGCGAACAGUCCAAAAUAAUAAAAGGUACACAUGCAUAGAAAACCAGAACUGCCAAAUUGAUAAAACACAGAGAAAGCGUUGUCCUUACUGUCGAUUUCAAAAAUGUCUAAGUGUUGGAAUGAAGCUAGAAGCGGUAAGGGCUGACCGAAUGCGCGGAGGAAGGAAUAAAUUUGGGCCAAUGUACAAGAGAGACAGGGCCCUAAAGCAACAGAAAAAAGCACUCAUCCGAGCCAAUGGACUUAAGCUAGAAGCCAUGUCUCAGGUGAUCCAAGCAAUGCCGUCUGAGCUCACCAUCUCUUCUGCAAUUCAGAACAUGCAUUCUGCCUCUAAAGGCCUACCUCUGAACCACGCUGCCUUGCCUCCUACAGACUAUGACCGAAGUCCCUUCGUAACAUCCCCCAUCAGCAUGACAAUGCCCCCUCACGGCAGCCUGCAAGGUUACCAAACCUAUGGUCAUUUUCCCAGCCGGGCCAUCAAGUCCGAGUACCCAGACCCCUACACCAGCUCACCAGAGUCGAUCAUGGGCUAUUCCUACAUGGAUAGUUACCAGACCAGCUCCCCGGCAAGCAUCCCACAUCUGAUAGUGGAACUUCUGAAGUGCGAGCCAGAUGAGCCUCAAGUCCAGGCCAAAAUCAUGGCCUAUUUGCAGCAAGAACAAGCUAACCGAAGCAAACAUGAAAAGCUGAGUACGUUUGGGCUUAUGUGCAAAAUGGCUGAUCAGACCCUUUUCUCCAUUGUUGAGUGGGCCAGGAGUAGUAUCUUCUUCAGAGAACUUAAGGUUGAUGACCAAAUGAAGCUGCUUCAGAAUUGCUGGAGUGAGCUCUUAAUUCUCGACCACAUUUACCGACAAGUGGUACACGGAAAGGAAGGAUCCAUCUUCCUGGUUACUGGGCAACAAGUGGACUAUUCCAUAAUCGCAUCCCAGGCCGGGGCCACCCUCAACAAUCUCAUGAGUCACGCACAGGACUUAGUGGCAAAGCUACGCUCUCUGCAGUUUGAUCAACGAGAGUUUGUGUGUCUGAAAUUCUUGGUGCUCUUUAGUUUAGAUGUCAAAAACCUUGAGAACUUCCAGCUGGUAGAAGGUGUCCAGGAACAAGUAAAUGCUGCCCUGCUGGACUAUACGAUGUGCAACUACCCACAGCAAACAGAGAAAUUCGGGCAGCUACUUCUUCGACUACCCGAAAUCCGGGCCAUCAGCAUGCAGGCUGAGGAAUAUCUCUACUACAAGCACCUGAACGGGGAUGUGCCCUACAACAACCUCCUUAUUGAAAUGUUGCAUGCAAAAAGAGCUUAGGUUCCAGCCCCUGCUUUCAAAACAAAAAGAGAUUGGUGGGGGGGAAAGACAGGAAGAAAGAAAAAAAAAAAAAUACUCUGAACUGCUCCAAGCAACACUAAUUAAAAACUUGGUUUAAAGAUAUUGAGUUUAAAAAGGCAUAAUAAUCAAAUACUUACUAGCAAAUAAAUGAUGUAUCAGGGUAUUUGUAUUGCAAACUGUGAAUCAAAGGCUUCACAUCCCCAAAGGAUUCCAUAUAAAAGACAUGGUAACGGAGUGGAUUGAACUCCUGGAUGGAUACCAACACCACAUUGGAAUAAAAACGGACGGAACAAUUCUUGUAUAGUUAAACUGAUCUCCGCUGUGAAGAAAUUUAGAAACUGAUCUGUGUUAUUAAUUAGGCUUCUACAGCAGGGGAUUUGAGCAUAUGGAAUGCCUCCACGGUAAAGCUGAACUAAAACGACUCAAAAAAAAAAAAAAAAUCCAUCGGCUGCGCCUGUAAUAGCCCUUCCCUCUUCCUUUCAAGGACCCAGCACCUUCUGUCCUGUGAUCACGGAAUCUGUCCUUAUGGACUUGUGCUCAGCCACACCCACUAGUAGCUCCACCAAAUCAUGAGAAGCCUAAUUUUGAAUGUCUGUGUCUUAGACCUGCAAACAGUUGAUAAGAACAGUCUGUAAUAUGUUAGCUUGCCAUUUUAAAUAUGUUCUGGGUUCUGUCAUGUGUUCAUGUUAAAAAAAAAAAAAAAAGCAGGCAGUAUCCCUCUUCUGACCUUAUAUAAGCAUUAAUUAAUAUUAAGGGAAAGGACUACAAACUUAAAACAAAUGCUCCAUAGCUAAAGCAAGCUAGACCUUAUUUCUGCUUCUGUUACUGAAAUGUGGCUUUGGCGUUGUCAGAUUUCAUGAAAAUUUCUUGCCAAAAGGCUUGUUAGGGUACAUCCAUCUUUUGAACCAUCAAAGUUUGUAGUUUGUUUGAAAAUAAAACCUGAAACAUAUUUUAAUCUGGGAUGUCAAAUAGUCACAGUGCUAAGUAGUUUAAAAUAAAACCGAAGCAUGUUAAGCUAUGCAAAAAGAAAGGAAAAGGUGAGCUUAUCAAUUGUCUCGAGUCUCCUGCUUGUUGCAGUUGAACACCCCCUUAACAUAGAAUGGCAACAGUGAUGCCUACAGAUGGACUGGAAAGAUACUAAAGCGAUCCCAAUCUUCCCCAAAAGGUGAAGGAAGAGAAUGAUACUGACCUUUCUGAGUCAUAGACCAAAGUCUGCUCUAGAACAAAUAUUGAAGGACAAAGACUUGCAAAACAAACUCUCCCAACAACGAUAGCAGUAUUAUUGACAUGUAAUGCCACAGGUAUGGAAGUCUUGCCUUAUUUCACAAUUCUGAGAGGUAGGUGUGCAGAUGUGGAUCAACAUUUGUUUAAAAUAAAGUAUUAAUACUCUCAAGUCAAAGAUAGUGUUUACAUUCUUUUAGGUCCUAUGGGGGAAGGGAGGGAAAACUGAUAUUACAAAAUAGCUAAAGCAGUAAUUUCCUUGAUGUUAUUUUUCUGAUUGGUAAUUAUUUUUAACAGUACUUAAUUAUUGUAUGUCGUGAGACACUAAAAUCAACAACGAGAAUCUCAUUUAGACUUUGAUUUUUUUUUUUGAGAUUAUCAGCGGCACAAUCACUUGUAAAAACUGUAAAAAACUGAAAAGUAUCUCCUAGUCCCUUAAUUUUUUUCAUAAAUGUUUCAGGCUUUUGAAUAGUUUAUUUAUAUUGUAUAUCAUAGUUUCAACUGUAGACAAUGAUGAUGCUAAUUUAUUGUUCCUUGGUUUCACCUUUGUAUAAGAUAUAGCCAAGACUGAAGAAACCAAAUAUAUGUGUUUACUGUAGCAUGUCUUCAAGUUAGCAGAACAUAGUUCAGGGACAGAGAAGGGUCUUAAUGAAUUAAAAUCAUCCACUUGAUUCAGUGUCUGUAAAUCUACAUAAUUACCACUGUAGUUUAUUUAAUAUCUAUUGUAAAUUAUGUGACUUGUAGCUUCCUCUGUUUUCAAGUAAAUUUAACAAGGGUGGAGUCUUCCCUGGUUUCCUCUACAAGCAUUGUAAGUUGUAUACCAAAGAUAUGAGUUACUACUUCUGUGUCUACAAAAGGAUUAUUUUAUUAUUUUUUUAAUCGCCUCUAAUAUUCAUCCACAUGAAGGGUACACGUUCGCCAAGCGGAGUGUUCACAGCUCCUCAGUGCAAAGUCUCAGUCACCUGUAAUCGCAGCUCAAAGGACAAGGGAAAAGAGCUGAUCAGAGUCCAUGUCCAAAGCUUUAAGUGGACCGGCAGUAUCCUUACUCUCCCCCGUUAAAAAACAACUUGGCUAGAAGACCUGUGGAGAGGGAUGGGUGUUGUCAACACUGAAAUGGUUGCGUCCUGUGUGUGGAACAUGGGUGGCGGCAUUUACGAGAUUGGUGGGAUAGUUAUUUGGAGGGUCUUUAACAUUGCAAAAA